UCGAUUGCGACGUGGAAAUGGAUGCUGAUUGAACAGCAGGAUCCAUCAAUUACUAGGACUGUAGUUACCUAAUGUGACACCGUUAUUGCAGGCUGGGGUUAGCGGCGGUCGUCAAACCCUGCCCUUUAGUCGUACCGCUUUCCUUAGCUUCAAGUGACGACACUUUGAAGAGUUCUCAGAUGGCCGACUCAGUGAGGUGUUUUGCUUUGCAACCUCUCCUUCAAUAAUUGCCAUCUCAGUCAUUGUCUAGGUCGAUCGUUAUUGUAUGCUGCUCAAAGACACAUGCUAAGCACCGCAACAUAAGCUGGGCUAUAUAGUCCUGCAGAACUAAACUACCCACAAUGGCUUGGAAGCAGCUGGAGCCAACACCUGCCCACAUCACUUACUUGAUUCUGCCUACAUUCCUCAUCGGAUACACAUUAUUCUCCUCUUUUAUCCGGAAUCGUCUACACUUGAGCGAACCACCAAUAGCACUUCUCUUCGGCAUCCUACUCGGGCCACGAGGACUCGGCUGGCUCAGUCCCAACGUGUGCGGCGUCAAUGGCUGCGAUGGCGACACUGAAGGCUUGGGCGGCUGGGGCUGGGGCGACGAUGUGAUCCAAGAAGCGACCCGGGUUAUCGUCGGUAUCCAGGUCUUCGCCAUCGGUGUCGAACUCCCAAAAUACUACUUCAAGCGACAUUGGAGGUCGGUGGCGAUGAUGCUUGGACCAGUCAUGACGUUCUCCUGGCUCGUCUGCGCCGGCUUUGUCGCUCUUCUGUUCAAGACAGACGCCGCGACGUCAUUGAUUGUGGGUGCUUGCUUGACACCGACCGAUCCCGUCCUGGCGUCCUCGAUUCUCAGCAAUAGCCAAUUCAGUAAUCGCGUGCCGAAGCGGAUCAAGGAUAUGCUCUCCGCCGAGUCUGGGUGCAAUGACGGAAUAAGCUUCCCAUUUCUCUACGUCGGCGUGUUUGCGAUCCUCCAAUCUACUGCUGGUGGUGCGAUCAAAGAGUGGACUUUGAUAACAGUCCUAUGGCAGUGUGCUUUCGGGAUCACUGUUGGCUUGAUUCUUGGAACCGUCUUCAACAGAAUAUUGAAGUUCAGCGACAACCGGGGCUACAUUGACCCGGCCGGCUUCACGGUUUUCUACCUAUUGCUGGCACUUGUAAGUGUCGGCAUUGGCAGCACACUCGGGAGCGAUGACUUCCUCGUUGCAUUCGGCGCCGGAUAUGGUUUCGCGAGAGACGGCUGGUUUAGCAAGAAGACGCACUCCACACACUUGCCGAACGUCAUUGACUUGCUGCUCAACAGUGCGAUGUUUGUCUUCCUUGGCGCAGUGAUACCGUGGUACGCUUUCGAACCUCAAAGCAUUACUCCGUGGAUCACGCCGGGCAGACUCAUUGGUUUCCUCGCACUGGUCAUUGCAUUCCGUCGUAUACCAAUAGUUCUGCUGCUAUAUCGCUGGAUCCCGGACAUCAGGACGUUCCAAGAAGCGCUCUUCUGCGGUCACUUUGGCCCGAUGGGCCUGGGCGGUCUCUUCCUUGCCAUCGAAGCCCGCGCUAUGCUCGAGAACGAGUCAGCAACCCCUGAUCCGCAUCCGCCGCGAUAUGGUCGGCCGUAUACGCCCAGAGAAAAGGCUGUGGAGACCAUAUGGCCGUUAGUGUGCUUCAUCGUGUUUGGAAGUACGAUGAUCCAUGGAUUAAGCGUGCUCGUCCUCACCUUGGCCAGCCAUUUCAGCCGAUCCAAAGAACGGAGGUCUGGUCUGCUCGCAGGCGAAGAUGACCCGCUGGAUGGCAUGGAGCAUCAAGGCGGCGGCGGUGAUAGUGAGCCCGAGGAUGAGGAGGAAGAGGAGGCGCAGCCAUAGAUGGAGCCGCCACUGUGUAAUUUGUAACGUUUACCUCGAGCACUGAUGCUGCUCCCUCCACGGAUGCGUCGAUAAGCACC